AUACAGUUCGUUUUCACGCGAAGGUCGCAUACGGCGCGCCUCUGCGUUGCUGUGACUAGACAGCGCCUUCACAAGCACAGCGCCAGCGUCGCGGGCCGCGGAGCACUUCACGCCGCGCAAAACGGCCGUGUGUACGCCGAGAUAGCCGUUUCACGCCGGACGACGUCGCAGCCAAAAAACGAGCGAGAAAGCCGCGCGCCGCGCCCUCAGCGCGCAGCACGAGACCGCCGCAGCAACGCCGCGCUACGCCACAACGCGCCGACGCCCGAAACCGCGCCCUAACCGCCCCGCCGCCCGCGCAGGCCGCCGGCGACAAAAACGCAGAGAAGAAACCAUGGCGACGACCGCCACCCCCAGCGCGAGCCGCCUCCGCGCCCUCACGGACGUGACGAACAUCGAGAAGAACGCCGCGCCGCAGCAGGCGAAGCCGAGCCGGACGCCCGCGCCCAAGGUGUCGCUGGGCGGCAACGACAGCGUCGAGCUCUUCUUCGACGCCGCCGAGACGCCGCGCGUGACGCAGACCGAAGUGAAGGAGUUCGCCUGCACGCCGCACGCGCCGCGCGUGUCGACGACGCCUAUUUUGGCCACACCCGACGAGCGUUUAUUGACGAACGCGGCCGCGGAAGAAGCUUUGACGGCGGCCUGGAUCGCGGCGCAGACGGCGGAGAUCGAGGCGCUGCGGGCGCUCGUGAGAAGGCAGCGCCACGAAAAAGAAGCGCUCAUCGCGAACGGCGCCGGGCCCUACGCGACGAGCGUCCAGCGCGCGGCGCGCGGGCGGUUGGCGCGGAACCGCGCGGCCGCGCUCUGGCGAGCUUUAGCUACGGCACAGACGCGGCGGCGCGGCGCCGUGCCCCGGCGCGCGUUCCUCGAGCUGCGGGCCGCGACGAUCGUGGUGCAGAACCGCUGCGCGCGCGGGGUUCAAGCGCGCACGGCCUUCCAGACGGCGCUGGGCGCUUCCAUUACACUCCAGACGGCGGCGCGGGCCCGGCGGGCGCACAAGGCGUUCACGGAGCUCAAGGCCGCGUCACUGGUCGCGGCGACGCGGGCGCGCGGUGCCUUGGCGCGGCGCCAGAAGGCGCGGCAAGUGGCCGCCGCCUCGGCGAUCCAGCGCGUCUACGCGCGGCACAAGGCGCGCGUCGGCGACGACGUCCGCCCCGGCGUCCCGAAUCGUCGCCCACGCCAUCGACGCGACCGCUCGAUCCGCGCACAGGCCGGCAAGUUCGCCAGAGCGUGGCGUCUGGCCGAGCAGCAGCGCUUCGUGCUGAGCCUGGUGCUGAACCCGCCGAAGGGCACGACGGUUCUGAGAAUUCGCGACUUCUCGAGGAGAGGCGCGCGCCAGGUCCACGAGGCGACGCUGCGCAACGGUCAGCCCUUCGCGUUGCGGCUCGUGUUGGAUCGGGACCGCCUCGGCUGCUACUUCGUGUCCAAUCCUCGAGGAGGAUUUCGUCAGGUGCUCGCGCCCUGGGCGCCCGAGGCGGACGUGACGGUGACGCUCGUGAACCAGACCAAGACGCGGGACCGCGAGUUCGUCGUGACGCGCGAGGAGCUCGCCGCGCGCGCGUCGGCCGAGUCGACGCCGGUGCGAAAAUCAAAGUUUCGCGGCGGCGGCCUCCACGCCAUCGACGCGGCGUCUGCUGCACCCGACUCACUUGUUUAUUUGCACACAGGUCGACGUACGGCUCGCUGCUGUCGUUUGGAAAGAGCGGCACGGCCGUGGGCGUGGCGGAUUUGGUCGAUCGGGCCACGUUAGACCGGGAGUUCUUAGGUGAUAAUGACGUGCUCGUCGUGGCCGUGACGUGCGACGAGCCCGAGGCCGAGCCGAUGGCGCCGCCGACGCCGGGCGCGGCGUUGCGGUGCGUGCCGGCGAUGAACGUCAGCCCUGGGCUAUCGGCGUUCAGCGUCUGAUCCGAUCGUUGUGUCCUCUCCCUCCCCGGUCGGCGUUGCGUCUUGCGCGGCCACGAGCCGCUGCGACCGCGUCGACCCUCCCCCCUCCCUCGCCAGACUGGUGUAAACAACGUACUUUAUA